GAGAGGCAGGGAGGAGGGGGGAGGACCAUGGGACGACGGAGCGGAGCAGAAAGCGCCGGAGCGCACAAACACACGGGAAUCAUGGAGAAAACAUCACCGCCCAGGAGGACUUUGCCAUCUAACGGACUGCGACUUUUAACAUCCAUUCUCACCUUGUUCGGACUCACCGCAGGUGUGAGCAGCAACCAGGUGGUUGUCCCUGCCACGGUGACAGCAGUGCUGGGGAGGAACAUCACAUUGGGCUGCAGGAUAGAAGUGGGCUCCAACCUCAGCCUCACGCAGAGCUCGUGGGAACGCCGUCUUCCUUCAGGCACCAUUACCCUGGCGGUGUUCAACCCACAGUUUGGAACGUCCUAUUCCUCGCAGUACGGCAAGCGCAUCUCGUUCGUCUCCCCUUCGAUACAAGAUGCCACCAUCAACCUUGAAGGAGUUGGCUUUGCGGAUAUCGGGUCCUACACCUGCAAAGUGGCGACGUUUCCUCUGGGGAACACACAAGCGUCAACCUACGUUGAUGUAUUAGUGGAGCCGAAGGUGUACGUGUCCGCGGGCCCCACCGCUCUGCUGGACGGCGGGAACGAGUCGCUGGUGGCCACCUGCAUAGCGGAGCGCGGCCGCCCCGCCGCCGACGUCUACUGGGAGACGGAGCUGCACGGGCGGUCGGUGAGGCAGAGUUUCGACGAGCCCAACGGCACCACCACCACACACAUGCGCUACUUGUGGCAGCCGCAGAGCUACGCCCAGGGGAAGAAGCUCACCUGCGUGGUGCGUCACCCGGCCCUGCAGACAGAGUUCCGCAUACACUACACGCUCAAUGUUCAGUUUGCACCGAUGGUGUCGAUAAUCGGAAUUGACAAAAACUGGUAUGUGGGGCAGGCGAAUGUGAAAUUCACCUGCGGCGCCAAAGCAAACCCACCUGCCCGUCAGUUCACAUGGAUCAGGUUGGAUGGAUCGGUGCCUGAGGGUGUUGAGAUCUCAAACAAUACCCUUACCUUCACUCGCCCGUUGGAGCGCAAUGACUCCGCAAUCUACCGCUGCGAAGUGACGAACGACAUUGGUUUGCGCAGUCAGGAUGUUAACCUCUGGGUCCAAGAUCCUCCCCCCACCACCGCAGCGCCCAGCACCACCGCCUCCCUCCUCCACGACACCUCUGGAACCGGCUCUGCCAUGGACCAGCAGAGAGCCCAGUUCUCCUCCCCCACCUUGGCCUCCUUACACGACGGCAGCCUGGGCACGAUCGUUGGCGGAGCAGUGGGCGGGGUGCUGUUCCUGAUCCUCUUGCUGAUCCUCGGCGGCGCUUGCUUCAUGCGCCAGCGCAGGACCUUCAGGGGAGACUACUACACCAAGCAGUACCUGGGGCCCUCCGACAUGCAGAAGGAGUCUCAGCUGGACGUGCUGCAGCCUCACGAGCUGCAGGAGGUUUACGGAGACAAGACGAGCAAAGGCAGCCAGGACCUGAAGCCCAAACUGGGCGGAGACAUCAUUUACCCCGACUACACCCCCGAACGCAAGGACAGGGACGACUGGGUUGACAGGGGGGAUGCCCACAGGGGCCACAAGGAUGGAAACUACUACCCAGAUCACUACAACACCCAGAACAUGCACCCCUGCGGGCCCCCCGUGAACAACGGCUCCCCCUACCUUCCGGAGGACUGCUAUGACAAUGGUACAGACAGCGACUAUGUGUCCCACAUGGACGGAUCUGUGAUUUCCCGCAGGGAGUGGUAUGUUUGAGGGGGGGAAAAGAAUGGACAUUUGAGUGACUGCGAAUAAUUUAACAAGUGUCAGAUAUAAAUAUCAUUAAACGUUGUGUCAUUUCAUCUAAAGGAAAAAUCCAGUUCCACAGCUCAGUUUCACAGUGAACAAUUCUGCUCUGCCUUGAUUGUAACCACUUAACCUUAAGGAUGUGGAUUGUAUUACUCCUUGUAGCAUUUCAAGGAGCUGCAAAGGAGGUGGAGCGCCACCCGUGAUAUUAUCUGUGUAGGGUUAAGAGGCUUUUUGCAUACAACAAUGUUUUGACUGUUGUGAACGAGGUUUUGUUCUCUGCUUGUUUGCGUUCGCACCUGUCUUUGUCACAGGUCACAGGUCAGCUGUUCAGACCCUUGUUAGUGAAGUAUUUAUAUCCCCGAGUGAGUGAACUCUGCUCCCGUAAAAAAAACGUCUAUGGCAUUUUGAAAAUGGUCUCUUGAUCGCCGGCAGCAUUUUUAUACAGGUUAAAUGUUUAUCAUGGCUGCAACCAGUAUUUAAAGCAAGCUAUAGUGCAUGAAUUUUUUUAAAAACAAAGUAUCUUUAAGUGAAAGGGAAAGUCACACAAUUUAAAGGGAGACUUUACAAAAGGCCUCGCACCAAGGGAAAAGCAAGUUGACUGAUGGACGUGCAUUACAUGAAAACACUGCCCCGCGUAAACUUUCUGGUGAAGUGGCUUCCGCAGUCUCACAGUAUCUCAUUUAAAAAUAGUCGUGAAAUGGUGAACCUGCCGCCGGAGAGAUCUCAUUCCCCCCCCGUGAAAGAACUUUAACUUUAGCUUUGCGGAUUUCUGUUCCUAAACUUGUAAACAUUUGAAGUCCUGGUUGCAUGUGUGGUUACCAAUUUGCAGCAGUUUUGUCACGAAUGCUCGAAGUGUAAAUGGAUGUGUGUGAAGCGCAGCCAAACAAACUCAGGUUGUUUUGAUACAUAAUCCGGUGAAGUAUGACGGCGGCUCGGAUUGGAAUGAAUGUUUAUGGCACGAAUAGUUUUCCACACAAAUGCAGGGGACAGCGAAAUCGGUUACUCGCCAGCAGCUCUUCAUCUAACAGCUCAUGUUGGUUUAUCCUUCCGUUUCUGUUCAUAUCAUUCAAUACUUAAAAUGCAGCGUCAGUGACCACCACCACAUGUUUUGCAGUAGAAAAAGUAAAGAGUAAACAGUGGCUUAUAAACAGGAACUGUUCACAAAGAUGUGCAAACCCUUCAUUUCCUCAAGUGGGUUUGAAGCUCAGUGUAGUGGUUCUGGCCACCGCCAUCUUUCCAGUGAUUGACUCCUCCUACUUCCUGUCUUAUGUAAAAUUAGGGUUUUAGAGGCGAAGUUGAGGCAGAAUCGGUCUCCGGUCCAGACCGUUUUUUUUGAUGUAGACAUGAUUAUUUCUACUGUAAAGACAGACAGUUUAACAUGGAUGUCUAUGGUGAUUGACUGAAUUUUGGAGCCAGCCUCAAGUGGCAAACGAGGAACUGCAGCAUUUGGCACUUUUUGCAUUUUUCUAUCCACACUGGUCGUCCAAAAACUUGUCUCUGGAAUUUGGGAAAUCUCUUUUUGUAAGUAACUGUGAUCCUCUGCAGUAGUCGUUGGCUUUUAAUCGUGAGAUAUUAAUCUUUAGAAUUAAUGGUAUGAACCUGUUCUCACUGUUUCACUGUGGCCACUUCUUCUUCAGCUUCAUUUUUCAGCCGUGGAGGUUUGACGCUCGCUCAUAAAAUGACAGCAGAUUACAAGCGUUGUUUACCUUUAGCUUAUAGUCAGAUCUGAAUCCAGCCAAAUCGUUUCAAACUCCACCAAUAAAAACUGGAGAAGAAAAAAAAAAAGUGCUGACUCUAAAUAUAACACAAAAUGAGGUUUGGUAAUAACCUUAAACCGAUCCACUCUUAUUAUCAGUAUAGGGAUGUGUUAAUCCAGGCACAUUAAAGCAGUGAAAAGCACAACUCUGUUAUUAAAGUUGUCAGUAAACAUCAAAAGGAGCCAGCCAGGCUUUGGCCUUCUCCACUUAGCCAUGAUAACAGGCUGCGGCGCUGUCUUUUCCAUUUUCCCUCCCCUCUGAUUUCUUUCUGUUAGACCGACACCGAUUGGUCAUUAUCAUUUCUUUUUUUUUUUUUUUUAACUUCAGUUAAAAGUGUUAUAAAUACCAGAUGUGACUAUAACAGCUGUCAUCAAGCGACAUCAUGCGGCUCCGUAAACCACCAAUAGCUUCGCCGCUCCCGCUCGUCGCUCAGCUGUCAGGACCCUAAAUAAGCGGCAAACGGAGAAGUGACGGUGAAGAUUCGCUCCUUCUGCUUCGGCUUGUAUGUGUUUGUCUGAAGUAUGAAUAUUCCAAUAGCCUGGAAACAGAGUGAGCGGCUGACGUCGUUGCUGUAAUGCUGGGGUUUGGCUCCUUCGAGGAUAUCAUGGAAACAAGAAACUCAAUCCACAAGUGAAAAAACUAAACAAAAAAAAAAAAAAAACAGGGCCAUGUAGGUUGGAGCUGUCUAACGGCUCCCCAAAGGAUUUAUAUAUGUAUUUUUUCUUCUUCUUUCCCUAUAAACAACAAAUCCAGCGACAUUAAGUUGAAACAAAAGAGUUGACAUCAUGAGUGAUCUCAUCUCUCCCUGCUCGAUUUGACCUUGCACUUUCCCACUUAGUGCUCUUUUUUUUUUGUUUCCUCAGGAAUGAUACAUGGAUCAAGUGACUCCUAAGCUUCACAUGAAAGGGGGAAAACUUACCCUUUUUGGAAACUUCAGUCCAUCAGGGUGUUUGUUGCAAGAUAAAAACAACAUAUAAGUGUAUUAUUUUGAGGUCUACUUUCUUAUAGUUUUUUUUAAUUUUUUAUACAUGUUGGGUGCUUGGUUUCUUCUCUCUCCUUUUUUUUUUUUUUUUUUAACCCUUCUCCACCCUCAUUUUCUCAUGCCAGGGCUUUUGGUUUAAGGUUUAAGACGGCUGAGAAUAAACUACUUUAAUCUCCUCGGCUCGCUCUCGCUCUCAUCGGGACACGCACGCACCCCCGGCCGCCACACAUCUGCCACCGCAGCCCACGUUCAAAGAGCGGUCCUCACCUCAGACCUUGAGCUUUUUAAUUAACUCCCUUUUUUUCUCCCCCCGUCCCUCCCCACUUUCUGUCCUCGUCACACUUGGCAACAGACGUGCUCGAAACUCGAUGAUGUACGGCACAUUCGUGUCUGCGCGCACAUGUUUUUAUGCGCCUGAUUUGUGGCUUCUUAUUUAGCAAAAAAGUGGCCCCCGUGCAAACUGCUGUCUCUAAAAAUGACCUUUCCAUCAGCCUCGGCUUCGUCUCUCAAGCGAUGAAUGUUAAGUUAUUAAGCUGCCUACGCGCUCAUUAUUUCCCAUCACUAAUGUUUAUAUACAUGUACAUAUUGAGAAUAGGAUUAGCGUAGGAUUAGCUGUUCUCUUGGUUUGGUUUAUAUUUUGGUGUACAGUUUAUCUCCGGGACUCCCCUACUGAAUAGUUGGUGCCUUAAAUGGGCUGAGCAGUGCACAGACACUUAAAUAAAUGACGGUUACUGAAAGCAUUAAACCCAUCUUCUUGUGUAAGAUUUGCUGUUAUCAAACCAUUAGAGAGGACAAAAGGUUGAUUGUCAUGCCUUAUACGCUUUGAAAGGACACGUGUAACAAGUUGGUUACUGAGAAAAUUGUAAUAAGGAAAGUUUCACUGGGAAUUUAGGCAAGCCAGAGUCAUAGAAAAUAUUAUUGUCCUGUAAAUAUGCUGGCUUUUUUUAUUUUUAUUAUUAUUAUUAUUAUUGUCGAGAAAUCUUAUUGUUUUGUAUGAGGUCUGUCAUUUUCACAGAGUAUUAGUCGAUCUCACGAGAGGAGCUCUGGGCUCGUGAUGACGUACAGUAGACGGGCGAUCCUGUUUUCACUGCAUUUUAUAUUUGUUCUGGAGAGUUUGCGACCAAUUUUUUUUUUUUGUAUGUUGUUCUUUGAGUGAUUGAUGUCUCACAGGAAUCAGAGGUGAAAGUGCGAUAGAUUGUAUUUUGUUCCUUUGUUUGCAAUAAAAAAAACACCAUUAUUGCA